AAAGAUCAUAGAUUCAUAAUAAUGGCAUAUUAUGAGAUCACUACUCCCAUCUUCUUGGACGUACUUGUUUGAUACGUUCACAUCAUCACAUGUGUUAUGUCCACAUUCAUUUCCACAGUCAUCAUAUAUAUGUGACCACUUGUGCACCAACAUUCUUCCUUUUCAAUUCUUCAAUGAUUUGCUGUUUUUUAUUACUGUGUUCAAUUAUGGAAAUUUCAUGACCUUACCUAAUCUAUAAGAAGGGAGAUCGACACUUCGCCCUGUGGAUGGUUUAGGAUUGAAGUUCCCCCACACGUGGGGCAGAGGAUUGGGAAUUUUCAAUGGGACAAACAACUUUUAAAGUUGCAUCAAGGAAAAUGACCAAACAUGAGAAAACGUGUUCCGACAACACACAUGCUUAUAUACCAUUUACAUUUGAUACUUUUCACUUCCUAGCACCAGAGAUUGUGUCAUCUAGGUCUUUGGAUGUAGUUUUUUGAGGGAUUGGUUUCGCUGUACAACAAGGUUUAGUAGCACAGCUUGUUGUCUGUUAAAAAAAAUAAAAAAUUACGUAACAAAUCACCUUAACCAUUUAGUCUAGAGUUUGCGUAUGAAAAAACAUUUAUCGGAAGAAGUUAAUCCCAUGAAUAGAUCUCAGUAUCUUAAGGGGGUUAAUCUUCAUAGUUGUGUCUGGAAGAUACCUUAUGUUUCUUUGUAUUCCUCAACUUGUAAUUUUUUUUACCAGAAGUGCAAAAUUAUAAUUUUAAUUGACAGCACAUUAGUAGUUUCUUUCUUGCAUAUAAAAGGAUUUGGAGUGGAAGCACAACACUACAGAGAAAUUUGGGUGGAAACAAAAGGUGGAGUUGUGUUAUAUAUAAUCAUGGAAAAUUUUGGAGAGCCAUUGUUACAUUAUCAUGAGAAUUGUCCUGGUUGUAAGGUGGAUCAAGCCAAAGAAUUGAAACAGGAUGUUACAUUUAGAAAUGUUUUCAGUAUAUGGAUUGUUGUGUUAUGUAGCUCUCUUCCAAUAGCAUCUCUUUUUCCUUACCUUUAUUUCAUGGUAAAGGAUUUUAAUAUUGCUAAAACAGAAGAAGACAUCAGUUACUAUGCUGGUUAUGUAGGAUCUGCAUACAUGCUUGGUAGAGCUUUAACAUCCAUAUUUUGGGGAAUGAUAGCCGAUAGAUAUGGUCGAAAACCUGUUGUGAUUAUAGGAAUUAUUUCUGUUGUAAUUUUCAACACACUAUUUGGCCUUUGUACAAGUUUUUGGAUGGCUGUUAUGAUGAGAUUUUUUCUUGGAGGUUUAAAUGGCUUGCUUGGACCAAUGAAGGCUUAUUCUUCAGAAAUAUUUAGAGAAGAAUACCAAGCUUUAGGCCAAUCAACUGUAGCAGCUGCUUGGGGAGUAGGUUUGGUCUUUGGACCUGCAUUGGGAGGUUAUUUUGCUCAGCCAGUACAGAAAUAUCCAAAUAUAUUUCGAAAGGAUUCCUUUUGGGACAAAUUUCCAUACUUCUUGCCAUGCUUCAUUGUAUCAGCUAUGGCAUUAGCAGUAGCAAUUUCCUGCAUUUGGCUUCCAGAGACAUUUCAUAACCACAAAGUGUCCACAGAAAACAUUGAAGCUUUAGAAAAUGGAACUAAUGAAACUGAUAAAAACAAGUUGAUCAAAAAAAAUGAAAGCCUUCUCAAAAAUUGGCCCUUAAUGUCAUCUAUCAUUGUUUAUUGUGUUUUCGCGAUUCAUGACAUUGCCUUUUCAGAGAUUUUCUCAUUAUGGACUGUUAGUCCUCGAAGGAUGGGCGGUUUGAACUUCAGAACUAAUGAUGUUGGUAAUGUUCUUGCAGUAUCAGGUAUGGCUAUUAUAAUGUUCCAGCUUGGCUUAUAUCAAUCAGUGCAAAAAAUUUGUGGACCUAUUGUCCUUGCUCGAAUCGCAGCGGUGUUAUCUAUACCAAUCUUGCAAAGCUUCCCCUUCAUGACAAUGUUUUCAGGCUUCACAUUGUACAUAUCGAUAUAUAGUGCUUCGAUUCUAAAGAAUCUUUUCAUUGAGAUAAUUUCUACUGGUUUAUUCAUUCUGCAAAAUAAAGCAGUGGAUCAACAUCAAAGAGGUGUAGCAAAUGGAAUUUGCAUAACUGCUAUGUCAGCAUGCAAAGUAAUUGGCCCUGCAGCAGGUGGUGCAAUAUUAACUUGGUCACAAAAGCGGAUGGAUGCUUCUUUCCUCCCAGGCCCUCAUCUGGUGUUCUUUGUGCUUAAUGUUAUUGAAGGACUUGCAUUGUUGUUGACAUUCAAACCAUUCUUGACUGAAAGAAAAACUCCCUCAGAGCAGUUGCACUGAUAUAUUAUGUUGGAAAAGAUGCGAAACAUUAGCAACGGGAAAUGUGUGUCGCCAAUUAAUGUCAGCAAAGGACAACAACCUAACAACAAUAUCAUUUGAUGACAGCCGGAUUAAGUUUGGAUGACUACUUGUUGGAAUUUCCUUUGUGCAAAUUUGGAAUUUGAUUAAUUGUUUAGCUUUCAGAAUAGAUGAUAUAGUGCAGAAAUUCCAGCGUAGAUCAGUUGCAUUUAGAAUGAUUAAUUCCGUUUGAAUAUUGAUGUAAUACCAAUGUUAUAAAAUUUUAUAUAUUCAGAUUUUGAA